AUGGGCGACACAGCAGUUCAAACAGGCAAGAAGCAAAUCAUACUCAAUGCAUUCGUGAUGAACACCCCAGGUCACUUGGCCCCCGGGCUGUGGAAACACCCUAGAAACAAAACGGAUCAGUACAAGAAGCUUUCAUUCUGGACUGAUCUGGCCCAAUUGCUCGACCAAGCCGGGUUCCACGCAAUGUUCAUUGCAGACACUCUAGGUGCAUAUGAUGUAUAUAAAGGCCCCGCGAACGUGGUGCCUACAUUGUCAUCAGGGGCCCAAUUCCCCGUCAAUGACCCACUAUACCUUGUCCCUGCCUUGUCGGCUGUCACGAAGAAUCUCAUAUUUGGAGUGACCGCGAGUCUGACUUAUGAGAAGCCUUACGCAUUGGCACGGCGGCUGUCGACAGUGGACCAUCUUAGCGAGGGACGAGUGGCGUGGAACAUUGUCACUUCCUAUUUGGAUAGUGCAGCCCGAAACCACGGGCUGAACGAGCAAAUCGAGCAUGACGAGCGAUAUGCGAUCGCGGAUGAGUACCUCGAGGUUCUCUACAAGCUUUGGGAAGGGAGUUUCCGUGAUGACUCGGUACUAGCUGAUCGGCAGCUUGGGACAUACAUUGCCAGCGAUGGUGUACGCGAGAUCAAUCACAAGGGAAAAUAUUUCGAGGUUCCAGGUCCUCAUUUCUGCGAGCCGUCGCCGCAACGCACGCCAUUCUUAUUCCAGGCCGGUGUCUCUGAGGCAGGGAACAAGUUUGGCGGGGCCAAUGGAGAGGCCAUUUUCAUCGGCGGGCAGACCCCUGAGGCCACCCGUGUCACUGUCGACAAUAUUCGGGGUAUAGCCAAGGCAGCAGGUCGUGAUCCGAAUCACAUCAAGGUGAUUGUGGGGAUCAACGUGAUUGUCGCAGCAACAGAUGAGGAAGCAUAUGCCAAACGGGAAGAUUAUCUGCAAUAUGCCGACGAUGAAGGUGCUCUCGCUCUCUUCGGAGGCUGGACUGGAAUCGAUCUUUCAACCUACUCCGAUGAUGAAGACUUCCGAUUCAGCGACUCCCCCCGGGUGCAGUCUGUCGUGCGAAGAUUUUCGGCCACCGUCCCUGGCACGGAUAAUCUACCCUGGACCAAGCGCAGGAUCGUGGAGUACAUCAGUGUUGGUGGACUUCAAGCCAAAAUCGUCGGCAGCACGAAGACGGUGGCGGAUGAGUUGGAGAGAUGGGUCGAGGUCUCAGACGUGGAUGGGUUCAACCUUGCUCACAUUGUGAAUCCUGGAACUUUCGAGGACAUCAUCGAGUUCUUGCUACCUGAGUUGCGGCACAGGGGGUUAUUCCGGGAAACGGUUGAGAAGGAGGGUGCCACAGCUCGCGAAGUCUUCAUUGGCUCCCGACGUCUACCUGAAGAUCAUCCCGACAUAAAACCGCAAACCACUGUCCACCUUCCUCUCAUCAAAAUCUCAUCCACAAUGAAAGAAGCCGUCAUCGACAAGUCCGUCUCCGUCCACAUUCGGGAUGUGGACAUUCCCACUCCUCAGCCAGGCCAGGUUCUCAUUAAGGUCGUCGUCUCUGGCACCAACCCCAAGGAUUGGAAAUUGCCGAAAUGGCGGCCAGCCGACCCCAUGAACCAAGGAGAUGAUAUCGCAGGAUAUGUCACCGAGGUUGGUGAAGGGGUUCAGAAGUUCCGCAAGGGUGACAAGGUCGCCGCGUUCCAUGAGAUGAUGAGCCCACACGGCAGUUAUGCCGAAUACGCCAUUGCGUGGGAGCACACAACCUUCCAUCUGAACGAGAAGACUACAUUCGAAGGCAUGUUCAAUCCCCCAAUCAAAGAGGCACCGUAG